AUGCAUAAGGUACCAACUCGAAUUGACGGCCAAUUCAGGCUGGAAGAUAUUUUGGGGUCAGGUUCAUAUGCUGUUGUAUACCGUGCAAAGAAUUUCCUCGAUGAUGAUACUGUCGCUAUCAAACUUGAACCAGUCACUGUUAAUUCAUCUUCUCUGGAGCACAAACACCAAAUCCUCAAGCAACUCGAAGGUGGAGUUGGGAUUCCCCAUGCCAUUUGGUUUGGCAGGGAGUCAAUGUAUUACGCCUUGGCUCUCGACCUCCUUGGGCCAUUGUUGCAUGAGCUCUUCGUUGCAUGUAACCACAAAUUUAGUCUUCAAACUGUUCUUAACUUAGGAGACCAGCUGCUGUCACGUCUCGAGUACAUUCAUUUACACGACUAUGUUCAUGGCGAUAUGAAACCGCAGAACGUUUUGAUGGACAGUUCAAGGCAAACUGCUCAUAUUAUCGAUUUUGGUAUCGCGAAAAGAUACCGAAAUACUGCAACCAAAUCCCACAUCCCGUUUCGUCGAGGUCAACAUCUCACAGGCACCCCCGCCUUUGCCUCAAUCAACAAUCACUUGGGAUUGGAGCCGGGUCGCCGUGACGAUCUCGAAUUGCUCGCUUAUAUGUUAAUCUAUUUCUUACGUGGCUCCCUUCCAUGGCUACAUGGUGACCAAGAGAGGCUUUCCAGCUCCUGGAUACUCGAGCGUAAAGUAGAUACCACCAUCGCUGAUUUAUGUGAUGGAAUUCCUACUGCGUUCGCAAAUAUUCUUGUCUACUCACGCUCUCUCUUGUUCUCAGAGGAUCCUGAUUAUGAUCAUCUUCGUUCUUUGCUUCACCAUCUUCACACCGCAGGGCCUGCACCAGCUGCUUACUCCCUGGAUUUUGAUUAUCCCAUAGCACCUUCCCCUCAAUGUCCUCAAGCCUCUGAAUCAGUGCUAUGUCUGCCAAAGGCAACACCUCUUCGCAGAUCAACUUGUCUGUAA